AUGAAUUCGGAUGACUGCGAGCACAGAUCAACAGAGACUGUUGAUUCCACUAGAAUUUGCAAAGAUUGUGGCUACUGCUAUUUCUCUGAAUGUUUGGUUCCUGAUAGUAGUGAUCUAUAUGAAGGCCGAACAAUAAGACGCGAAGCACUUGAUGGAUCAACCAUUGAUCCCGGAAAGCGCCGGAGUGAUAUAUUGGCUGAAUCAGUAAUUCAACAAACAAUCACAUCUCUGUGUUUAGAACCAAUUGAAACGCGUGUAAAAUCUUUAUAUAAUAUGGUUGAGAAAAAAUUUGAAGUCGGUGAAGGACAACUCCUACGAUUAGUAGUUGGUGCUUGCGCAUUAUUAGCAAUUAGGGAAGAAAAAAUUCCGAAAACUAUGCGUGAAGUUGCGUUUAUACUAGGUUUGGAAUUCCGGAAUCUGACAGCAGUAGUUCAUAAAAUACGAGCUCAUAUUCUCCCGUCAGUUCCAAGUUUCAUAGAUGUUGAGUUGCUAGUGAUUAAUGCAAUCAAUAAACUAUUUGAAAAUCAAAAUGUUAAACUUCCGAUAUACACUGAUAUUAGACAACUCGAUCAUCUCAAAUAUGAUUUAUCAGUAUUAAAUGCACAACACUAUGAUGAUUAUUUUGAUGAGGAAAUAACAAACAAUUCGAACGAAGAAUUUUCAGUACUAAUAAUGAAAAGUUAUCGCAAAGUUUUUUUUAGUCUUUGCAUGGAGUUACUUAAAUAUUCCGAUAAUGAUAACCUUGUUAGCGGAAGACAACCUUCCCCCAUCGGUGCAGCAGUUGUUUUGCUUGCAAUUGAGGCUACUGAAAAGCCGAGCUUUGAUGAAUGGAAAAAUAAUCACAGACGUGCAUCUGAAAUGAUUGGGAGAAUAUUUCAAAUUGAUCCAAAGUUGACAAUGUGUGAUAGAUAUAGAGAGAUGAUUAAUUUGAUGCAUUCCAAGGUCAAUGCACUCCCUUGGAGUUCUCUUUCACAAGAAUGCAAAAGUAGAUGUUAUAUAUUUAUCACAGAUGUAAUACAGUUUCAUAAGUGGGUUCUAAAUUGUCGCGAAAAAGGUAGACAAAAUGUUCGGCAUUCUGAUCAAGAUACUAAUAAUGAACUCAUCGAAAUCGAGACGAACGAAGAACUUGAUUGCAGAGACGUUGGCCAUGAACUAAGUGAAACGAAUGAUUAUAAUGAUGAAGCUGAUGUAAUUAAUUCAAGAGAUUCAGAAUUCUAUUCUGAUAGAGAAACUGAUGGAUCUGAUUUCUUUUUGGAUGAUGAUGAGUUAGAAGACUAUGUACGAGAUGAAGAUGAGGUUGAACUCGCCAAGGAAUCUUGGGAACUUUAUCAUCAAGAAAAGCAAUCGAAAGAUGCGAAAAGUAAGCUGCCAACAAAGCGAUGUAGAGUACUCCGUGAAAAAGGUAUCUCUAAAAAGUCUAAGACAAACGAUGUUAACAACAACAGGAAUACACAUCUGGAAACUACUUUGGAAAACAAAUCUGUGACAUCGAAGCGCAAGUACACUAAGAAAGCAGAUAAGAUCGACGCGAUACAGGAACGUGUUCAGAUAGAAUCUAGUACUUCUAAAAUAAAACUAAACUUUGAUCCUAAUCAAAUAAAUAUGGCAUUAUUCGAUCAUAUUUAA